AUGCCAGGAGCAAAUUGCUCGAUUUACGGCUGUGGAAGUAACAGAAGACAUAAAGGUUUAAGUAUUUUCAAAGUUCCAGGGAGCAAUGUGAAAGAACACGAGGAUUGGAGAGCUAAGUUACUUGGGAAGAUUCUAAAGGACCGUGAAAUCGAUGAACCCCUCAAACAACGAAUCGAGAGUGGGUCCAUUUAUAUUUGCGAAAAACAUUUCACAGAAGACUGCAUCGAAACUUAUGAUUCAACUUCAAGGAAAACAUUAAAGCCUGGGUCAAUCCCUACAUUACAAAUGCCAAUAAAGUCACAUACCACAGAGAAAGUGCCAAGACGGGAGCUAAAAAGGAUCAACUUGGAAAGCACCAGCAAGAAAUGUUUUGUAUAUGACAGUUUCAAAUCCCUUCUUGCUAGAGUAAAAGGGUUGAAGCUGGAAGGAUGGAAUUUAGAAUGUAAAGAAGACAGGGUUAUUCUUCAGAAGCAAGAACCAGAUUGUUUUAUUCCAAAGUUUGAAUUAUGUGUUGAUGAUAGCCUUGGCUACUAUAUUCAGGUAUAUGGGUGGUUGCUACCUGAAGAUCAUCCAUUAUACACAGUUAACCAUAGAUCGAUGAGGCACAUCACACUGUCAAACUUAGUUGCAGAUAUUGAUGGGUAUCGCAUAUGUACUGGUUUGUCUAUUAAAAUAGCAUCCCAACAUACAGUUAACCAUGUUGUGCCAAGAAAAUUUGACCCUUUAUCCAUAGAGCAGGACAUACAAUAUAGGUCAUCAGAGUAUUGUAGGUCAAUAAACUGCCUUCUUGUCUGCCCUACAGAAAAAUGUGAGCAUUGCAUUGAAGGGGAUGAUUAUGGAAUCAAGGUAACAAGGGAUAAUAAAAGAAGAUUAUCCAUUCCUAGUAAAUUGAAUGCUCCAGUUUCCAAAACACAUCCAGAAAGAUUGAAGCAGAGUAUGCAAGAGCAAAGGUUGAAAUGCAGCAAGCUAGAAAGUGAGAUUGAAAGGAUGAGGUCUGAAUUAGCUGCAAAUUCUGUUUCCAUUGAAAAUGAAAUGAACAAUGACUUCUUGUCCAUUAUUGAUAAUGGUUAUACCGAGAUGACUCCCUUUAUGCAAUUGUUUUGGCAGGAACAGAAACGGUUGUUUUCUUAUUCAAAAAGAGGGCAAAGAUAUCAUCCUAUGAUAAUCAGGUUCUGUUUGUCUCUUCAUAGUAAAUCCCCAGCUGCCUAUGAAGAGGUCAGGGAUGCUCUUGGAAGAAAGCAAGGAGGAAUACUGACAUUACCUUGCAAAAGAACAUUAAGAGACUAUAAAAACUGGAUAAGACCUAAAUGUGGUUUUAAUGAGGAUGUGAUUUUGGACUUGGUUGGGAUAACUGACAAGUAUUUUGGUGUACAGAGGUAUGUUGUCUUGCUCUUAGAUGAGAUGAAAAUCAGAGCAAACCUAGUAUAUGACAAAGUUUCAGAUGAGCUCAUAGGCUUUGUUGACCUAGGAGAUCCACACCUCAAUUUUGGUGUACUGGAGAAAGUUGAUCAACUUGCCACUUAUGCUUUGAUGUUUAUGGUGCGAGGAUUGGCAACUGAUCUGUGCUUCAAUUUGGCCUAUUUUGCAACAAAAGGUGCUGUGUCUUAUGAGAUAUUUGCAGUGUUUUGGGAAGCUGUUGCAAUAUUGGAGCUAAACAACAUCUGGGUCAUUGCAACUACCUGUGAUGGAGCCUCUGCAAAUAGAAGCUUUAUUAAAAUGCACAAGGAACCUGGAAGUCAAUCAAAUGUGACUUUCUUUACUGUUAACUUUUAUGCACCAGAAAGAAAUAUUUACUUCUUCUCUGAUGCUCCUCAUUUAGUGAAGACUGCCAGAAACUGCCUUUAUCAUUCUGGCUCUGGAACAUGUACACGAUACAUGUGGAAUGAUGGAAAAUAUUUGCUCUGGCAGCAUAUUUUCCAGUUAUACCAAGAAGACAAGAAAAAUGGCCUUCAACUGCUCCCAAGGAUAAGAUCUGAUCAUAUCAAGCUUACCUCUUACUCUGUUUGA